ACUUUGCGCAUGGCAUUUAGCAUGGAAAUAAUUGAUUUUUGCUUAGAAAUAUCUUAAAAUAAAUUAUGCAUUAAAUUCGGCUCAUGUAAAAUGCGACGUUUGAAUCAACAUCGAAUUUCCGUCGAAUAUUCGACUAACUCAGUCGAAUAUGCGACUAAAGUCGCAUUAAAUUAAAAUCCGUCGAAUUUAAUUGAUUCAAACGUCGCAUUUUACAUGCACAUAAUUCUCGCAUUUGAUUCGGCGCAUGUAAAAUGCGACGUUUGAACCGGGCCUAAUAUUAACUCAUGUUUGGAUGGCCUCAUCCAUUCAUGAACGUUGACCAAUCAGAGAUGGCGUUUAUCAUAUGUUAUUUUAUAAUCCAUAUCCUGUCCAAAGUAAAAGUAUUCACACGCAUGCAUGCAUGUAAACAGAUGGGACUCGUCACUUAUUUCAAGACGACAUCAAUAUGAAGUAUAAUUCGAACAAUAUACUAAAUGUUUUACUGCUGGCUUUUAUUGCUCUGAAUUCGGCGUACGCCAUCUCUUGUAAUGGCCUGGCAAGAUACACUUUGACAUUUCAAGGAGAAUGGACAAGCGCAAGGCAUCCUAACUUUCCUCCAGGUCCUCAUUUCUCUGCUGUCGUUGGCUGUAGCCAUAAGCCAUCAUAUGUUAUGUGGAAAGCUAGGAUUAAAGCCACAAGAGGAGUUAAGGAUGUUGCUGAACUUGGAAGUACAUUUGCCAUAAACAGGGAAAUGGACGGUCAGAUAUCAGCAAAAAAUGCUCAUAAAAGAUACGAAGGUCGAGUAAUAUUUGGAGGAAGAGCGUCAGACAGGAUUACCAAUAUUGAAGUUACUUCGGAGUAUCCUCUUGUAUCCUUCAUAACCACGAUAGCACCCUCACCUGAUUGGUUCAUAGGUGUCCACGAUUACAGCUUAUGUAAUACCAUCACGGGGAAAUGGAAGAAUGAAAUUUCAAGAGAUUUGCUUCCUUAUGACGCUGGCACUGAUAGUGGACAAUUUUUUAGAAGUCUAAACUCUCUUACAAAUCCACCUGAGAAUAUUCAUCUUCUUACAAAUGAUAUUGAUGGAUCUCUUAAGAGCAAUGAGCCGGUAAAAAGCUUUGGAAAGUUUACAUUUGUAAAGACUUUUGAAGUAAAUGCACCGUUCUCAUAUAUUGCAAUUGAUAGUCCCGUCCAUUCAACAUUAAAUAGAAUGUCAGAAAUCAGUGUGCCCAUCGCAUCAAUAAGAAGUAACAUAUCGGAAAUUAACGUGCCUAUGACUUUAAUAUCAAUGACCACAACUAAUUCAAAUGUCUUUAUCACAUCAAAAUUAAGGAGAACACCUAAAGUCGAUGCUUCUGUCACUUUAACGUCAACUAAGAUAUCUAAAAUCGAAUUCCCUGUCACAUUCACAUCGAAUAUAAUAUCAGAUGUCAGUUUUUCCAUAACGCCAGCUUUAACUGAGACAUUUAAAGUCAAUGUUCCCAUUACAACAACAUCAGUUAAUACAUCAAUAUCAGAAGUCAGUUCCUCCAUCACGCCGGCAUUAACUGAGACAUUUAAAGUCAAUGUUUCCAUUACAACAACAUCAGUUAAUACAUCAAUAUCAGAAGUCAGUUCUUCCAUCACGCCGGCAUUAACUGAGACAUUUAAAGUCAAUGUUCCCAUUACAGCAACAUCAGUUAAUACAUCAAUAUCAGAAGUCAGUUCCUCCAUCACGCCGGCAUUAACUGAGACAUUUAAAGUCAAUGUUCCCAUUACAAAAACAUCAGUUAAAUUAUCUGAAGUAAAUGCAACGGUCGCUUCAGCAUUGAAGAAGACAUCUAAAGUCCAAUUUUUUAUCACGUCUGCAACUCCAAAGACAACCAAAGUCAAUAUACAUGAAGUAUCACCAACAUCAGUUGAGCCAACAAUAAGCCUGCAGGUCACGAGCAGAUUUGCGCCUGCUUCAAAUGGAAAAACCAGAUUUUGGAAAAUAAAAACGAAAAACAGGGCCUGGGGAGGGCGAAGAUUUAGAAAAUUUAAAUACAAGGGAUGGAAAGGAAGAAGAGGUAAAAUGUUUUGGAGGGUAAAUAAGGGAUACAGAAAACAAGGACGUAGAAGUGUUUAUAGUGGAUGAGAAAACAAAAGGAAAUAGAAUAGACAAAUUGGAGAUGUGUUUAAAUUUAAAACGAGGGUAGAGGCAUAACUGAAACUUUCAAGAUAAUCCCCAUUUGCAUGUAUACAAUCAAUAUAGAAAUAGUGAAAAAAAUCUUAAUAAAUGUCUGAAAAACUGUG